AACCACCAACACGUCAUCCGACGACCCGCCCGCUUCCUCCUUCCCACUGUCGCUUACCUCGAGGCACCUGGAGCCAACAGCGAUGAAGUCGUCUUUGUACGACAGGGUCUUCCAGAGGGAACUUGGCUAUCGACCCCACGAUGUCAGCCUCAAAGGUCUCUACGGCGCCUCCGAGUGGAUCGAUGAAUUGGAUAUUGUCAACGAACUUGGAGGCCACACUGGUUGUGUCAAUGCUUUGAGCUGGUCAAACUCUGGACAGCUGCUAGCAUCCGGGUCUGAUGACACUUACCUCAAUAUAUACUCAUAUCAACCAGACUCGUCAGCGUCUCCGUUUGCCCUAACCACCUCGAUUGACACGGGCCACACGGCAAAUAUCUUCUCCGUCAAGUUCAUGCCCCAUUCUAACGAUCAAAUCCUUCUCACCUGCGCCGGCGACUCAGAAGUCAGGAUAUUUGAUGUAGAAUACUCGUUCAAGAAUGGCUCCGCUAAUGCUUCUACCGAGACAUUCUCGACAAGAAGCCGGCGUAUGGCUCAUUUCUUCACAGGAACUCGCCAUCUCAGUCAUCACAACACAAAUAGUCGUGUCUAUCGCUCGCAUUCCGAUCGUGUAAAGAGAAUCGUCACGGAGUCGUCCCCGUAUCUGUUCUUGACCUGCUCAGAGGAUGGCGAAGUGCGCCAGUGGGAUCUGCGUCAACCGUCUUCGGCAUAUCCCGCCCCACGUGGAGGACAAGGUUUCAUGGCGUAUCGACCUGGCGUGCAUCACGAUGACUCGAAUAUCCCGGCCCCCUUGAUCUCGUAUAAGCGAUACCAUCUCGACCUGAACACAAUCUCUUGUUCUGCGUCUCAACCGCAUUACAUCGCGUUAGGUGGCGCUCAUCUGCAUUGUUUUCUCCACGAUCGCCGAAUGGUUGGACGCGACUUACUUGCGGAGAAAGGCCGUAUAGCCGGUUCGACUCCCUCGGCAGGCACGUUUGAAGAUGAAAUGAUGAGCCAAGCAACCAGGUGUGUUCGAAGGUUCGCCCCGAAAGGACAGUCUAAAAUGAAACCUCAAGACAAUGGCCAUAUCACUGCCUGCAAGAUUAGCGAUGCGCGGCCGAAUGAGAUAAUUGUCAGUUGGUCUGGAGAUCAGAUCUACAGUUUCGAUCUCAUUCGCAGUCCGGAUGCUCGAGAGAGGAGUGGCGACGGAGUGAAGACGGCCAAUUCUACCAGAAAACGAAAGCGAGAAAAGGUAGCAUCCGCCACAUCCCUUGUAAGCGGGAAUAGGAGACAUCUGUCUUAUCUACGAUCAGACGACACUCCUGGUGAUGGGUUGGAGAUGUCGUUUCAGGUUCGCUAUGGCAAUGGAGAAUCGGAACAUAUUCCAAUUCCGAUGGCGGAGGAAGACACGCCCGAGGAUAUCAUCGAAAGAGCAAGAGUCUCUGUUCUUACUGAAGCGCAAAAGUUGAGUCUAGAAAUCGCCAAGGGUCUUGUCAAAAUGCGAAAAGCCCUGUUCUCUCUGGAGACAUCAGUGCGGGAGAUGUCUCAGGCCCAACGCCACUAUGAUCUUACACCGUAUCAAUCAUCCUUCACUACGACUCUCAGCCACGCAUCGGUAUGUUUGGAACAGAUGGAUGAAGUUAACGGAUCAUGGAGAUACCCGAUGAAUCCCUCUCCGGAUGUCGUUAUCAUGCAGCAGACGCUUAGAAGGAACCGUGAGGCUGCUCGGCGUUUUGUUCAGGCUUCUGGGACUUUGGCUUUCACGCUUGGUGGACGUGGAAUAGACGAAAGUCAGACGGCACGUUUUGCGCAAAUCGUUCCCGCACCUUCGGAAGACGGUAUAAUCGACUCGGAGUCCCAGUUUGGUUAUGACUUUCUCAAGGCAAUUCUUCUGUGGUUGGACGGCGGUCGACAGUCCUUACUGGAAGGAUUUAAGCUAGGUCAGAAUUCGCCUCGGAAUCGUGCUCGAUUUCCCAUUCCGGAAUUCGAAGGAGAGCAGGGUAUCGAACGUUAUCUUGUGCCUUAUCUUCUAGAGUUAGCCGACUCGUCACCUAUUGUUAAUGUAGACGCUUCCCGUUUUGAACACGAUGAAUCGCGAAUCAUCUUUUCCACUCAACAUGCUGCAGUUACUGCUUUCAAAAAGGCUGUUCGACUUCCUUUAGAAGAACUAGAUGAUGUGGCUGUGGUAGAGGAUAGUGAUGACUCGUCGAACCGGGUAAUUCGCGCUUUGAACAGGCGUGCAGCGGUAAAGUUCUGGGGUGUGAGAGUCGGGCGGGGUCUACUGAUGAGUGUGGGCGAAGGCAUCAAUUUUGAAUUUGUCAACCGUGCAUUCGGAGGGUUGCGAACGUUCCUCAAAGAAGAUAAUGAAGACGAUGACGAGUGCGAGCGGUUACAGGAAGAUAUUGAUCCUGAAGACAAUUCAGACGAGGUCGAAGAAGUUCGACUUGUUACUAAUCGACACACUGCAACCUCGGACGGAGUUGGAGCAACUGCAGAUUCGCGCGGUGUCAACGGGCCUAGUGAUGGGUUGCAGGACGAAUCAGAUGAUUUCGACAUGUUUGACGAAAGGGCGAGCUUUGAGUUUGGUUACACCGACGAAGACGACGACGACGACGACGACGGAGAAGAAGACAAUGACAUGAAUGACGAUGAGAAUGGCGACUCUGACGGCGAUGAACAUGAUGUCGAUGACCCUGUCUUUGGAUUCUUGAGCCACGGUGGACUUGCGAACCACCGGGGAAGGGAAGAUGUCGACGGCGAUGUUCCUUGCGGAACACAUGAAAUAGUUUAUAGCGGACAUUGUAACAUCAAAACAGUCAAGGAUGUCAACUAUUAUGGGUUGGAUGACGAGUAUGUUGUCAGCGGAUGCGACUCUGGACACGUAUUCAUCUGGGACCGAAAGACAGCCAAACUAGUCAAUCUUCUGGAGGGUGACGGAGAGACGGUGAACAUCGUACAGGGUCACCCAUACGAACCGACUUUGGCUGUCUCUGGACUCGACAAUACGAUCAAAAUAUUUUCUCCCGAUAGACGCGCUCAGUAUGAUGCGCGCCAUGGAGUCAAUGUAUUAAACCCCGAUCAUCCGGCAAACAUGUUCGGAGCUCGCCCGCGCAAUACUGCCGGCAGUUCACAAGUAUUUGGUCUCCGAAGUUGCAAACGGAUCAAAAAUAGCUAUCAGAUCAUGAGUCAGAAUGAUAUUGAAAGACAAGGUGGACUUAGCGAUGCUUUUAUCACAAGAAGUAUGUUGGCCCGACUCGCCGCGUCGAUUGGACAGCGUCAUACCCUUGGAACUGAGAAUCCUGCAGGAGUAGAGGUAGGGGAAGGUGCUACUUUGGUACUCGACGAAAACUGCACACAAACAUCUAGUCUGCCUCCACAGAGAUUUGGACCUGCUACGUUCGGAUCGCGAGAUAUCUUAGGCGGAUAUAUAUCGUUCAUGACGACAAACACAGAUAUCCAGUCUCAGCUAUCCAACCUAUCGACAAAAAUAUAUAACAACCACGAUCCCCAUAAUCCACAGAUUUACCUAGACCGCGCAAAACUAUACGCAGAACUGGGAUUCCACGACCUCACUGCUGCAGAUGCCUAUAGAUCAUUGACGUUACUCGAAUGCGUCGUUGAGCCCGAAUCAGCCGAGUACGUUGCUCAAAGACGGGUUCACCCUCCGAAUGAUGGGGAAGGAGAAGAAGUAUUUGUCGAAAUCACAUAUCCAGAGUAUGAGUCGAUGAUUGGCGAGACGUAUCUCUUGCUUGUUUCAAGUCUGGUAAAAUGUGGAUGUUUACGUGAUGCGUUUGAGUUUCGGGAUAGAGCUGUUGAGCAUUUAUCUUCUUUGAUUGAGAGCAAUGAAAGCUUCAAAGGGAUUAUAUCACGACUCAAAACUGUAGAUGAGAGAUUGGAUCUUUCAUCUGAGAAAAUGAUAACGCUUCCAGGCCAGGGAAAUGCGCGCAGAGUCCUUUAUCCAUGGAAUCAGCACGAACCAGAUCGCAAAGCGCCUGAAACAUUGGACUUAUUGAAUCGACGGCUGGAGACAGUAGCACCGGAUCUUGAAGUGAAAGCCGUCGCAUUACCAGCUUUACAUGGAGAUGCCAAACAGAGUGCUGAAAGUGGAGAAGGAGAAGUAUCAAUCCAACUAGGCCUCUUUGCCAAAAGGGAUCUUCGACCAGGCGAGAUCAUUCUACGAGAAUCAUCUCUCUUAACGGCUACGAACCGUCUACAUGACGAUUUAUGCGAUGCCUGCAACGGGCCAUUACCAGAUUUAUCAUCUACCACUACAGACACAAACGAGGGAGGUGGUGGAGCAGUAGCCUGUCAAGAAUGCGACGACACAAUCUUCUGCAGUCAGAAAUGCCACGAUGAAGCUCAGAGUACUUAUCACGGCGCAACCUGUGGCCAAGAAGGGCUCGAAUCAAUUGGAAAAGAUGUUGCCGAUCCAAAGGACAAGGCUGAUUAUUUGUAUUUCUUGUUACUCGGCAGAGCGAUUGCGAUGGCCGCUACACAGGAUGUUCAUCCGCUGGAUUUGCCAGAGGUGAAAUAUAUAUGGGGCGACUUUCACGAGUACCAUCCUGACACAGACGAGGCAGAUUCGGAAGUGCAGGAUGAGUAUUCUCUACCAUUCUCCUUCCAACUUAACAUCCUCCAACCAACCCGCCUGCUCGAAGAAAUGGGUCUUGAUCCCUUCACAAUACUCGCUCGCUAUGAUACGUGGAUCUUGAAUACACUAUACGCAAAAUUCAGAGGCACUGCUUCCGGCCGUCUGUCAACCUGGGACGGUGGACCGGAGGUCUGUGCUGUGCAUCCUCUGUGGUGUCUAGCGAACCAUUCUUGCGAUCCAAAUGUGAGAUGGGAAUGGGGUGGAGAGAUUUGUUUUAUGGUUAGGAAGGCAGACGAGAAGGCUGUUUGGAGACGGAAGAAUGGGGAGGAAAAGUCAAGGAUCGAAAAGGGAGACAUCUUCAUACGAAAGGGCGAGGAGAUUUUGAAUCAUUACUGUGAUAUUGGACUUGAUGUUAAAGAGAGGAGAGCCUGGGCCAAGGGGGCGCUUGGGGGAUUAUGUCAGUGUGCGAGAUGUCAAUGGGAGGCUGCUGAUGAUCGGUCCUAA